AUGCUGUGUUUCCUCCGAGGCAUGGCCUUCGUCCCCUUCCUCCUGGUGACCUGGUCGUCCGCCGCGUUCAUCAUCUCCUACGUGGUGGCCGUGCUCUCGGGGCACGUGAACCCCUUCCUCCCCUACAUCAGCGAUACAGGAACAACACCACCAGAAAGUGGUAUUUUUGGAUUUAUGAUAAACUUCUCUGCAUUUCUUGGUGCGGCCACAAUGUACACAAGAUAUAAAAUAGUAGAGAAGCAAAAUCAAACCAGCUAUUUCAGCACUCCUGUUUUUAACCUGGUGUCGUUAGUUCUUGGAUUGGUGGGAUGUAUCGGAAUGGGCAUUGUCGCCAAUUUUCAGGAGCUCGCAGUCCCGGUGGUCCAUGAUGGAGGUGCCCUUUUGGCUUUUGUCUGCGGUGUCCUGUACACGCUCCUGCAGUCCAUCAUCUCCUACAAGUCCUGUCCCCAGUGGAACAGCCUUGUCACGUGCCACACGCGGAUGGCCAUCUCCGCUGUCUCCUGUGCAGCUGUCAUUCCCAUGAUUGCCUGUGCAUCGCUCAUUUCUAUAACCAAGCUGGAGUGGAAUCCGAAAGAAAAGGAUUACAUAUAUCACGUAGUGAGUGCGAUCUGUGAAUGGACGGUGGCCUUUGGUUUUAUUUUCUACUUUCUAACAUUCGUCCAAGAUUUCCAGAGCGUCACUCUAAGGAUAUCCACAGAACUUAAUGAUGACUUUUGAAGAAACCAGAACGACAGCUCAGUGAAAGUCAUAAACAGCUCUCGGUGUGGUCCAGUGGACAGUCAGCCUUUCCGUGCUGUCCUGAUUGGGAUGCAUCUGCCGACUCUCCAGGACUUGCAUCUCAUUAGAAUUCCCACUAGUUGUACCAUUUCCAAAGGUA